AUGCACCUGGCCUUGCAGGAGGGCCCCAUGAACGUGCUGGAGGCAGGGGCCCUGCAGCAGCAGCAACAGCAGCAGCAGGUGUUGCUGAAGGGCUGCGGAAGCGGCGCGGGGGGUGCAGGGCGCGUGCACAGCAUCGACGUGAUCCUGGGAUUUAGCAGGGAUCAGGACUCGCUCCUGGGCCCCCUGCAGGUGCCCGGCCUCGCGGCCAGCAAAAGCGGCGCGGCCAGCCUGGGGGACGGCAGCAGAGCGGAGCAGCGGGCUCCCUACAGCGCCCAGCCCCUGGGCUCGCACCCGGAGGAGGCGGCUCUGUACGAAGCCAACAUGUUCCUAAAUAAAUGUGAGGGAGAGCUGAGUGAGCUGCGGAAGAGCGUGGACAGCGAGGACACCACGCCGGAGAACACAGAGGAGGAGCAGCCCAAGAAGAAACAUCGCAGGAACCGCACAACCUUCACCACCUACCAGCUGCACGAGCUGGAGAGGGCCUUUGAGAAGUCCCACUACCCAGACGUCUACAGCCGGGAGGAGCUGGCCAUGAAAGUCAAUCUGCCGGAAGUCAGAGUACAGGUGUGGUUUCAGAACAGACGCGCCAAGUGGAGGCGGCAAGAGAAAAUGGAAGCCAGUUCGAUGAAACUCCAUGACACCCCCAUGUUGUCCUUCAACAGGCCCCCAAUGACCGCCAAUGUUGGGCCCAUGAGCAACUCCUUACCUCUGGACCCUUGGCUGACCUCCCCCAUCUCUAAUGCUACCACGGUCCACAGUAUGCCAGGUUUCAUGGGGCCCACCCAAGCCCUGCAGCCCGCCUACACUGGCCACUCCUUCCUCAACACUGCGCCUCCCAUGGCUCAGCCCAUGCAGCCCAUGGCACCCACGCCGUACCAGUGCGCCACCCCCUUUGUGGACAAGUACCCUUUGGAAGACGUCGACCAGAGGAGCUCCAGCAUUGCGUCCCUACGGAUGAAAGCCAAGGAGCAUAUUCAGACCAUUGAUAAAACCUGGCAGCCUAUUUGA